AUGGAUAACACUUAUCGUGAACGGUUACAAAUCCGUUCGCGACUCAUUGAAAAGGAACGUUACGAAGUCCUUGCAUGUAACUCAGAAGCCGUCCCCGCCGUCCUAGAACUGUACGAAUGGCUUACAAGAACAUACCUGCCUCUUCGCUUUCCAAGUCUAUACGCCAUCACAGAGUCGGGAAAGCAUCUGCGCAACCAUGUCACAGAUAGCCUGAUUCCAUUACACAUGACUAACGGCGAAGAAGCUCUAGAAAUCCUAGGCUCCAAUAUCGACACGGAGUUCUUACUACUCACCCCUUCCCCCUCCCCUCUCGCCUCCGAACCACUCGAUGGUUCGUCGUUCGGUAUCACUACGCAGACCAAAUACUUGCUAACGGCCUUUAUAAACUGCUUUCCGAGCGGAUUCAACACACGUUCCAAGCUCAAUCAACUUCUCGCUGCCAUACAUGCUCCUGUCCCCGGCUAUGCCGCCAAGCUAGAAAAGAGCAUGGAUCGCUUCUUUGCCAACCUACCCAUGGGCAAGAUCGUCAAGCGGAGUAAUUGGAGUAUCAGUACAAAUGGAGAGUUGUUCUGCUUGAAAGGGAACCACAUGAGUGUGGAGGAUUUGGCUCGGAAGCAAAAGAACGAGGUGGAGGAGGAAAUUGAUUUGGACAAGACCGUGACGUAUCAGUAUCCAUUGCGCGAAUUGAGAGAUGAAGGGAGCGGAGAGGUGCUUGCGGAGGCUAUUGAUGGUUUGGGCCUUGGCAGUGCACCCGGCAUGACAAUCUACAAGCGUCAAGUCACCUGGGGUGAUAAAGUAAAGGCUUUUUUAAAGGGAGAGAUUGAUGCCUGA